ACCAAUCUUGUUUUGCAGCUACUCCUUAACUGCCUUUUACAAUACCAGAAUAUCAAAGUCAAAAUCAGAAUCAAGAACGAUAACUGCAGAGUUCUCCGCUCAUCCACAAACAAUGGGUUGUUAUCAUUUUACGGUCUCCCGCUAUCUCAAUCUGCGGUUGAAGUCACCACAAGCCCAGCUCCACCACCAGUUGCCAAUGGAGCCAAGUAUGAAUUAAACACACUUCCUGUGGAUGAAAAGGCGGUAGCAGACGGGGAUACAGUGACAGUUUACGUUAGUACCUUAACUCCCAGAGAAGCAGCGUGUGUUCCACAAGCCGUACAAGUGGCAGCAGUCGAACGGGCCAAAGCACGGGCUCAAAGGAACUACACCAAGGCAGAUGCACUCCAUAAGCAAAUUAUUGACGCGGGCUAUCGGAUGCUAAAUAUACAUAAUGAGGAGAUUCUAGCCCGGAAGUAUCGAAUUAGACUACGGGGAAUAGAUGCACCAGAAAGCUCAAUGCCUUAUGGGAAAGAGGCGAAAGAGGAACUGAUUAGAUUGGUUGUGGGGAAGUCUUUGAAAGUUUUGAUCUUUGAUGAAGACCGUUAUGGCCGUUGUGUUGGUGAUAUCUAUUGCAAUGGUGUCUUUGUCCAGGAACGGAUGUUGAAGAAAGGACUUGUAUGGCACUAUGGAGCUUAUGACAAACGACCGGAGCUAGAAAAGUGGGAAAAAGAUGCUAGAGAUAAGAGAAUUGGGUUGUGGGCUUCAGCAAAUCCUGAAAAACCAUGGGAAUGGAGGAAGAAUCGUCGUGAACAAAGAUAAUUUACAAGUCAAUCAUAAAACUCUCAGUUGAAAAUAAGUGUAACCAUUUUUAUGAGAAAACAAAGAGGUGUAAAAAUGUAUCCAUAUGUUUAUUACAUUCUAAAUUGUUUUAUAAAAAAAUAGUUAAAUGUUGUACUUUUUGUAACUGAUUUAUUAGUAGUUGGGUAUGAA